AUGGGAAGAAGAUCAAGGACUGAGAAGCUUGGAAAGUGUGAGUUCACUCUGGCUUUUUUAUUCUUACCAAGCAUUCGAACUUCCUCCGGAGACCAGGUCUGUAUUGCCUUGAGAAGCAUACCAGGCGUGAAGGACAUUAGUAUUUCAAUGCGGGACUUUGUUAGCUGGAUCAUCUGGGGCCACACUGCAGAAUCCUUUACCUUCCUCAAACGUGCAACAGAUCUUGCUUUGAUCCUUCUAAGGCAUGGGCAGUAUGAUGCGGUUGAGCACCUACUCACUAUGGUGGAGGCACAUUUACAAAAGGAGAAGACAUCUUAUAGUAUCCAAGAUACAGAGGGAGGAUGGUGCAUACUUCAUCAUCUUUUAGGGUGCUGCUUCCUUGCUCAGGGCAUUGAAUCUGACUUCUUGAAGAAAGUUAUCUCCAACUUUAACUUCAAAGCUUCGUCUGGAAAAGGAACAUCCCAGGCUUUACGGAGUUUGCUUCAGGAACCGGGGUCUCCAAAUCUUGGUUUCACUGGUGAUAUAUCAGCUUCCUCAUGGAGACUGCAUUAUUACCAAUGGGCUAUGCAGAUCUUUGAGCAAUAUAAUAUUAGCGAAGGCGCUUGUCAGUUUGCUCUCGCUGCGCUUGAGGAGGUAGAGGAAGCUAGUGUUAAAGAUGAGCUGAAUGGACAAGACUCGGUCAAUGAGUCAGUAUCUACCAUCAAAGGACGACUUUGGGCAAAUGUCUUCAAGUUUACUUUAGAUCAUAAUCUCUAUUGUGAUGCAUAUUCUGCAGUAAUUUCAAACCCAGAUGAGGAGAGCAAGUACAUCUGCUUGAGGCGUCUGAUAAUUGUUCUUUACGAGCGUGGUGCCAUAAAGAUUCUUUGUGGUGGUAAGCUACCUUUUGUUGGUCUUACAAAGAAGGUAGAGUACGAGCUUGCCAGGAAGGCAGAUUGUUCAGGUAUAUUAGCAAAGCCAGACUUAUAUAAGUUGCUUUAUGCAUUUGAAAUGCAUCAACAUAACUGGAGAAGAGCAGCAUGCUACAUGUACCUAUAUUCUGCUCGUUUGAGAAAAGAAACAGCUCUGAGAGAUUACCAGCACACGUCAUUGGCACUAAAGGAGAUUCUGAAUUGGCUCUCUGCUGCUAUCAAUGCACUUCAUCUUGUUCAUCCGGCCAACGCUUGGAUUGAUCCUCUACUCUGGAGUAAUUCUCUUCUUCAAAACGAGCACUAUCCAAGUGAAAAGGCUAGAAUUACAAUAGAUGAACAGAGCAAAUAAUGCAACAACCAAAAGUUUGUUUUAAUUGUGUC